AUCAGAAAUCUAAAUGUUAUUUUUAAUGCUUCUGUUGAUUUUUAAUUUCACAAAUAUUUGGGUUUAGGUCAUUGUGCAUUUUUAACUCUGGCCUUUUUUGUUGUUUUACAAAGUUGGUCCCACACCAUUUUUUUCUUCAUUUUUAUUAAUUUUGCUUUGUCCCUUAAACAUUUUGUAUUUUUAUCUGGUUAUAAAUGAGCUUUUUUAUAAAACUAAUUUCAAAUGGCUAGAGAAAAUUUUAAAAUGCUAAACAGACAAAAACGGGUUUUAUGAUGUUAAUUUGUCACCUGCACUGAUUAAGUUUUGCACAAAACACCUUAAAAGUCACAACUUUUCUAAUUUCCCUAAAACUGUAGAUAAUGUCAUUAAAGAACUAUCUCUUGCUCACAUAAAUGUCCCUAAGUUGAGGGGAAUAAAUGCAGAUUUGCUUGUUUGAUUGUAUACUAUGGAAACAUUUGAGGCGGAUAACUAAGUCAUGCUUAAUAAGUUGCUGCUGUCUUAUCUUUACUUUAUGGAUCCAACUCAAUUUUAAAUUAAAUCCCCCAAAAUGCAGAAACAUUCCAUCAGCUGAAUUCCACACAACUGCCAUCAGAUGGUAUUCUGAGCUUUUGGAGGCCUUGCGCACGAGGCAUGCAUAGCCCCACCCCACCUAUCUCAGGCACCCCGCAGUUAGGAGCUCUGAUAGGUCCGAAGGACUAAUGGGACUGGCCUGCGAGGCGGCAACCGCUCUGAUAUAAAACAUCUGCUGUCAUGUUAGAAAACAACUAAAUCUGCAAACAACCAGACAGUAUUCGCGCUUUUACGCACGAGAAAUCGUCGCGCCCGCUUUGGCACAGUUGGCUUUUUACGCGUUUUGUGCGCUCUGUGGUGGUCAUGACCAAGGAUUUUCAACCUGGAUUGACUCUAGAGGAGGAGAUUGACGUCCUUGGUGAAGAAGAGUCUAACCACCCUCGGAUGUAUGGCUGCGCUGUGGAUCCGGGAUCCUCAACAGAAUCCGAGGUCGACUCCUCGGGGGAGAGUGAGAACAGUUUCUGCGCACGCGCCCCAACCUCCAGAGCGUCUCAGAGCAGUUCUGUGAAGCCUCCUUACUCCUACAUUGCCCUCAUCACCAUGGCCAUCCUGCAGAGUUCGCAGAAGAGGCUGACGCUGAGCGGAAUCUGUGACUUCAUCAGCAACAAGUUCCCCUACUACAGAGACAAGUUCCCCGCCUGGCAGAACUCGAUCAGACACAACCUCUCACUCAACGACUGCUUCAUCAAAAUCCCACGAGAGCCGGGUAAUCCAGGAAAAGGGAACUAUUGGUCUCUAGAUCCCGCCUCGGAGGAUAUGUUCGACAACGGCAGCUUUCUUCGCCGGAGGAAGCGCUUCAAGAGGAACCAACCCGAGUAUGGCAAAGGAGUAGUGUUUUACUCCAGCUUGAGCUGCUACCGGCCGUUCGGACAGCCGUAUGGCGCACAGGGCAUGUUAACCUCCACGCCCUCUGCUCCUAUUCGGUACUUUCCGCUGCAGGAUGGCAUCAUGAUGCCCCCUUCUUACCACAUUGUGCCGCACGCGCUGGACACUCAAAAUAAGCGCGCUGGGCCUGGAGACUCCAGAGCGCAGCCGUGCGCAAAAGUCCAAAAACCUGGCACGCAGACAAAGUGCUCCUUCAGCAUUGACAGCAUCAUGAGCAGACCUUCUCCUGUCAAUCACCCGAACCCAAGUUCACCGCUCAGCCCUUACUGCAGUCGUGGAUUUAGCCACUUUAUGGUGCCAGCUCUCCUGCAGCCCCCAAAGACUCCUUUCUGUUCUCCUCCGGUGCUGAGCGCACACACUCUCACACCCAUGUUGCUGAGGCAAUAAGAGACUUAGCUGUUGAUACACGUUUCUUAAAGAAAUACUUCAUUUGCAUGGUAUUUAUUUGCGUUGGCAUUCAAAAUGACCGUUAAUUUAUUGGUGACUGUAGCUGUUUGAAAAGCAAAUGAUUUUCAUGUUAAAGUGUUGCAAUAAAUGUCUGAAUAAAGAGCUUUUUGUGUGA